AUGGCCUCGUGGGUAACAGUCGAAGAAACGUCCGACUUCUCCCUGAACAACCUACCGUACGGAGUCUUCAGCACCAAGGGUUCGAAACCAAGCAUCGGUGUCGCGAUAGGUGAUUACGUGCUGGACCUGAAAGUCCUAGCUGAGGAAGGCGUCUUUGAUGAUCUUGAUUUCGACAUCACGACGCUCAAGCAGUCGACACUUAAUGAAUAUGCCGCACUGGCAAAGAGUGGCCACUCCGGGUUGCGGCGAAGACUUCAGAAACUCUUGGAGAAAGACACUCGGUCCGGAAACGUCCUUCGAGAUAACCAAGGGCUUCGUGACAAGGCUCUCGUCCCGCUGGACAGUGUGAAAAUGCACUUGCCCAUGAUCAUUGGCGACUAUACAGAUUUCUUUGUUGGCCUUCAUCACGCGGUGACCUGUGCAGGUCUGGUGAAGCCUGGGUCAACAAUUGAGCAACUUUGUCCAUGUUUUUACAACUUACCAAUAGCAUAUAAUGGUCGAGCGUCUUCCGUGGUCGUAUCUGGUACAUCCUUGCACAGACCAAACGGCCAGUUCCCGGUCGACGGCAAGCUCGUAUCUGGUCCAUGUCGAAAACUUGAUCACGAAGUCGAAUUUGCUUGUUUCAUUGGGCGAGGGAAUCCUAUGGGUAUUCCUAUAGACGUUGACGCGGCAGAAGACUAUAUCUUUGGAUUCGUCUUGAUGAACGACUGGUCAGCUCGUGACAUACAGAUGUAUGAAGCCACUCUCAUGGGACCAUUCAACGGGAAGAGCUUUUGCACCACUGUAUCUCCCUGGGUUGUACCACCUGAGGCCCUGGAGCCAUUUCGAGUCGCACCAAAAGCGACGCCACGCGAGCUGCCUGAUUAUCUCGUGGAGAAGAACCACAUAUCAGUGUAUGAUAUCCCUAUUCGAGCAACGCUUGGAGCCAACGGUCAAAGAUAUCGUAUAGCAGACUGCAACACAAACAACGUGAUAUUCUCGUUCGCUCAAAUGAUCGCCCAUCAUACUCGCGGCGGUUGUCCGCUGCGAACUGGAGAUCUCAUCGCCACGGGCACGAUUUCGGGUCCGAAACGAGAGAACGCCGGGUGUCUACUGGAACAGACCUGGGGUGGAACAGAUCCUUGUGAGAUGGUAGCAGAAAACUCGGCUGAAAGCAAUGUGCACCGAGCUUACCUCGAAGACAAUGAUACCGUGGAAUUCACUGCUCAUGUGACAGGUCCCUAUGGUAUUGGUAAUGUGGGCUUUGGGGUCUGUUCGGGCAAAGUAUUGCCAGCCAUUUGA